AGUUAAUUUGUGUAGCUAUAUUUUGGAAUAUUGGCAACAUCACAUUUUUUGUGUUGUCUGCAUUUUAGGCGGCAUUUGGUUACCAUUUUCUUCUAUAUGAGUUUCAUCGUUUCUUGGCUUAGCAAUUUUUGCUUUAGAUCGAGCAUCCUUUGUAAUUUGCGGGAAGGUUGUAUAGACAAAGGUAGCACUUAGCUGGAGUAUCUUUAGUUUUCAGGCAUUCCGUGGUUUUAUGAGGGCUGGCACAUUUUACACAUCUAUGUGGUGUCAUACAAUUACUUUUAGUGUGUCCAUAUUGUUGACAUCUAACGCAUUAAACAAUAGUAGUUUUUCUUCUUGGAUCUUCAAUUUUCACACUUUGAUGGGUGAAAAGAUGGCAAUAAUAACCGAAAAAGAAGUUGCAGAAAACCAAAGUAACCAAAUUUCUGUGUCACAAUUUUUUGCAAAAAAAAACAUGUUCAUAACUGGUGGUACAGGUUUUCUAGGAACAGUGUUAAUUGAAGCAUUAUUGAGUGCACAUGAAGAUGUUGGAAUAAUUUAUGUACUAGUCAGAGGUAAAAGAGGUUUCGAUCCGCAGGAACGGAUCAAUCGUAUGUUGUCAAAGCCAAUUUUCGAUCAUCACAAUAAAAAAACUUUAGCUAAAGUAGUGCCAAUUGUUGGCGAAUUGAGUGAACCCAAUUUUGGGUUCAAAGACGAGUUGUUAACCGAAUUACUUAGCAAAGUAAACAUUAUAUUUCACAGUGCAGCAACAAUUAGAUUCAGUUCCCCACUACGAACUUCAAUUAAAACUAAUUUAACGGGAACCUUAAGAACAAUUGAAUUUGCCAAGCGGUUAAAAACUUUAUCAGCUUAUAUAUAUUUAUCGACAGCUUUUUGCAAUAGCAAUACUCGUGGUUUGAAAGAUGAAUGUGUAUAUAAGUCAUUUUGGGAUCCCUAUGAAAUGAUAAAAAUGGGCGAAGAUGACAAAGUUUGGGAAAAUUUUUCAUCUGAAAAAUUAAGAGGAAUUUUACGAGAUCAUCCAAACACUUAUACAUUCACGAAAAAUUUGGCAGAAAAUUUGAUGAUAUCUGAAAUGCCAGGACUACCAGCGGCUAUUGUUAGACCGUCUAUCGUAUAUGGCACCUGGAAACAUCCCAUUAGGGGAUGGGUUGGCAAUGCCAAUAGUGGUCAUUUAGGAUUUUUAGCUGGUUUUGUGAAGGGAGUUUUUCGAACUAUGAGUGGCAUACCCAGUGCGCCAGUUGAUAUAAUACCUUGUGACUAUGUAAUAAAUUCGGUAAUGACAAUGGCAUGGUAUGUUGGUACUAGAAAACUGAAAAAGCCGGAAGUAGUGCAUUGUACUUCAGGAGAAGUUAACCCAUUAAAUUUGCAACAAUUCGCCGAAAUAUUAAACGAAAGUGUUGAAAGGCAUCCAACGGAUUACUUUGUAUGGAAACCUCACACAGAACUAAGAACAGGCUGGCGUUAUGCUUUAUUCUUUUAUUUGUUUCAAAUUUUACCAUCACUACUUUACUAUAUACCUGAAAAAUUAUUCAACUGUGGAAUGACACACCAUACAGUUCUAGAAUACAUGCAAGUGUUUGACAAAGGAUCGAAGCAUUUUGAUUACUUUUUAAAUAAAGAUUUUCGCUACUCUUUAAAAAAUGCUCUAAGAAUAAUGGCGACUAUGAACGAAAAUGAUCAAAAGCGUUAUACAUUCGAUUGCAGUCAUUUUGAUUGGUCUGAAUUUAUGGAUGGCUGUUUGAUUGGUGUGAGACAGUUUUACUUUAAGGAGUCAAAAGACACCACAGAAUGGCAUAAGCUUUAUUGGAAAUUCUUUGAAACCGUUUAUUAUGCAGGAAUUGGAAUACUUUUGAUAGUUUUUAUUGGAAUUUCGUACUUUUUCUUUGGUCUUCAAAAUGGUACUCUCGUAGCUGUUUCCUUUUGGGUAUUCUUAUUAUGGUUGUGAUCCAGUUUAGCACUUAACAGCAAGCAGAGUUUUCCUUUUUGCCUUAGUUGUAAUUUAUAAAUAUCUAAGCAUAAAGCAUUAAAUUAAAUUAGAAAAAAUUGCUAAUUUACUCAUAUAAUAUUAAUUUAAUAAUUAUUUAAAAUACAAAAUAAUAUACAGUUGCACUUUCCAAAGAUUUUAUAGCUCAAACUAAAUCAAAACUAUUAAAAUAUUUUGCUCUUAUGCAAAUAUGUAUUAUAAUUUUUAUUUGUAAAAAGAACUAUUUUGCACUUGAAAAUAAACAAAAUGGAUACGGGCCUCAAAGAUGGAAACUUUCAAUUAAAUAUGUACACAUGUAUAUAUUAUAUCAAUACAUGAUUUCGUAUUUACACAAAUUUUUGGCAAUUUUAUAAAAAGCCCAAUGAUACUUUUGUAAAUAUGAAAAUUCAAUUGAGACUUAAAAAAAUACUAAUUUAUAUUAUUGAGUAGUUAAUUUAAUACAGGAAUAAUUUUAAUUAAUAUUAACAACAUGAUUAAUAAAUUUAUUAUA